CCGCGGGUUAGGUCAAAUUGAAAAGUUUGUUAUUUUUAUUUUUUACAAAAGCAAGCUAAACAACAUUCCAAUCUUUUUCUUUAUCGCCACCACCCAAGAGAUUCUUCCCAUAUUCCAGGAAUAGUUCUUCAGUAAAUAGCCGAAUCAUGGAUAGGGAACUAACUAUGCCAGUGACCUACCAAAAUUUAUUGUAGAAAUUGAAUUUUCAGGAUCAAUGAUUGGACCAUGCAAACUAGAAAUGCCAUUUCUUGGAUAAAGGAAGAGAUUACUCGAUCCAUUUCCGUAUCGCUCAUAAUAUAUAUAUUAAUUCGAGCACCUAUUUCAGAUGCAUAUCCUAUUUUUGCACAACAGGGAUAUGAAAAUCCGCGAGAAGCGACAGGUCGUAUUGUAUAUGCCAAUUGCCAUUUGGCUAAUAAGCCCGUGGAUAUUGAAGUUCCACAAACGGUACUUCCCGAUACUGUAUUUGAAGCGGUUGUUCGAAUUCCUUAUGAUAUGCAAAUCAAACAAGUUCUUGCUAAUGGUAAAAAGGGGGCUUUGAAUGUCGGGGCUGUUCUUAUUUUACCGGAGGGCUUUGAAUUGGCCCCCCCCGAUCGUAUUUCACCCGAGAUUAAAGAAAAGCUGGGUAAUCUCUCUUUUCAAAGCUAUCGUCCCACAAAAAAAAACAUUCUUGUGGUAGGUCCUGUUCCCGGCCAGAAAUAUAGUGAAAUCACCUUUCCUAUCCUUUCCCCCAAUCCAUUCCCGGCUAGAAAUAUAGUAAAAUCACCUUUCCUAUUCUUUCCCCCAAUCCCGCUACUGAGAGAUGUUCACUACUUAAAAUAUCCAAUAUAUGUAGGCGGGAACAGGGGGAGGGGUCAAAUUUAUCCCGACGGGAGCAAGAGUAAUAAUACUGUGUAUAAUGCUAUAGCAGCGGGUAUAGUAAAAAAAAUCAUACGAAAAGAAAAGGGGGGAUACGAAAUAACUAUAGCGGAUGCAUCGGAUGGAUGUGAAGUGAUUGAUAUUAUACCUCCAGGACCAGAACUUCUUGUUUCGGAGGGUGAAUCUAUCAAACUUGAUCAACCAUUAACGAGUAAUCCUAAUGUGGGUGGAUUUGGUCAGGGGGAUGCAGAAAUAGUACUUCAAGAUCCGUUACGUGUCCAAGGUCUUUUGUUCUUCUUGACAUCAAUUAUUUUGGCACAAAUCUUCUUGGUUCUUAAAAAGAAACAAUUUGAGAAGGUGCAAUUGUCCGAGAUGAAUUUCUAAUUUACAGGUCCGCGAAUUUAUGAACAUAUUAAGCCUAAGCCGGUAAAAGAACUAAAUUUUAGUCGAUAAAUUCUAUACUGUAAU